AUGUCAACCAAACGUAUCGAGCGUUUCGAUCAGUUGUUCCCCUUAUAUGUGAUCCAAUCGUUCAGUUUUAUACCGGGAUUUGUGGGGCUAUUCAUCGCAGGAAUAUUCAGUGGUUCACUCAGUACAAUCUCUUCGGGCGUCAACUCUCUGUCUGCGGUCACUCUCCAGGACUUUAUUCGUCCGUUUCUGUCGUAUAAGAUGUCCGACUCUGCGGCCACUCUUACCGUCAAAGUUGUCGCCGUUUUCUAUGGCUUACUGUCCAUUGCUUUGGUAUUAUUGGCUCAACAGAUGGGAAAUAUACUACAAGCGACUACAGCUUUGUUUGGACUCUUGGGGUCACCAGUGUUUGGAUUAUUUAUUUUAGGGAUGUUUGUGCCCACUGCCAACUCCAGGGGUGCCUUUUGGGGCACUUUAAUAGGCCAGACAUUGAUCGCAGAGAUGGACCCAACACUAUACACGCCAUUAGUUCGCAAACGUGUAGAAAGAUUACAGAGACUUCAUAACGAAAACUAUUGUCAAAAGGAGGAACAGGAUUACCAUAGAAAUGGUGUUGAAUCAGCACCGAUAGGCACUAUCGGACAACUGCCGCCCAAAUCACAUUCCGAUUUAGUGCUCAAUAAUUUAAAACCUAUUUCCAAUAUUUUCCGAAAUUACAAACAACACCUGAGCCUCGAAGCGGUCAAAUUGCAUAAAACCUAUGGCCCACUACGCAAGCGUUUAUCAAGUGGCAGAUAUCCGGGCGACCUGUUACAGCAUUAG